AUGAAUACUAGGAAAAGGUUUUCUGUCACUGAGGUUUUGACACAAGUCCUUGAUGAAAGUGACAUAGAGGAAGAUGUGUCUGAGAUAGAGGAUCAUAUAGAGGUUCAUAAUGAGGAUGACCUUGAUUAUCACCCUGGUUCUGAGAAGGAGGAUGAGGACGAGGAUGAGGAUGAGGAUGAGGAGGAGAUCGACCCUCCUGUUCCUCCAAUUGUCUCUCCAAUUGCUCCUGUCCCUCCUAUAGUCUCUCAACCACAAGCAAUGACACUACUUUCCAAAAAUAAAACGUUGACAUGGUCUGUCUCCCCACCUGUACAACAGGGUAGACUUGGUGCUGCUAAUGUCAUCAGAAUGAUUCCGGGGCCCACCAGAUAUGCUGUUAGCCGUGUGCAAGACAUAAAAUCAACAUUUGAGCUCUUCAUAACUCCAGCAAUCCAAAACAUUAUACUACAAAUGACAAACUUAGAGGGAAGCCGUGUGUAUGGUGACAGUUGGGAAGUCUUGGAUUUGACCCACUUGCAAGCUUACAUUGGGUUGCUCAUUUUGGCAGGAGUGUAUAAGUCAAAAGGUGAAGCAACCGAAAGCCUUUGGGGUGCUGACACUGGAAGGGCAAUAUUUCCAGCCACCAUGCCUCUGAAAUCUUUUCAUGUUUUGUCUCGUGUCAUACGCUUUGAUAACAGAGAAACAAGGCAGGGCCGGCGAGAGCUUGACAAACUGGCAGCAAUACGUGAUGUGUGGGACAAGUGGGUUCAGCAGCUACCUUUGCUUUACAAUCCGGGCCCAAACAUGACUGUGGAUGAAUGUCUGGUUGCAUUUCGUGGUCGGUGUCCCUUCAGACAAUACAUUCCGAGCAAACCGGCAAAAUACGGCAUAAAAAUUUGGGCAGCGUGCGAUGCCGAGUCCAGUUACGCCUGGAAUAUGCAGGUCUAUACAGGCAAAUCCCAAGGUGGCGCUCCUGAAAAAAAUCAGGGCAAGAGGGUGGUACUUGACAUGGCUAAAGGACUGAGUGGUCAUAACAUUGCAUGUGACAAUUUCUUUAAGUCAUAUGCCCUGGGUGAAGAACUGCUGAAAAGGAAGGUUACCAUGUUGGGGACAGUGAGGAAAAAUAAGCCAGAGCUUCCUCCUGAGCUGGUUGCAAAAGAGAAAAGGGAGGUAGCAUCCUCAAAGUUUGCCUUCACUGACAAAGCCACUCUUGUCUCCUAUUGCCCCAAGAAAAGGACAAUAGUUGUUCUGAUGAGCACUAUGCACAAAGAUGCUGUCCUGAGCACCCGGGAAGACAAAAAGCCACAAAUGAUCCUGGACUACAAUGCGACUAAAGGAGGCGUUGAUAACCUGGACAAGGUCACAGCCACAUACAGCUGUCGGCGCAAGACUGCCCGUUGGCCCCUUGUCAUUUUCUUCAACAUCAUCGAUGUGAGUGCCUAUAAUGGCUUUGUGCUAUGGCGUGAAAUUAACCCUGACUGGAAUGGCGCAAAACUGAACAAAAGGAGGAUCUUCCUGGAUGAGCUGGGUCAUGCAUUGGUGAGACCACAGAUAGAACGACGACGGCGCCUUCCAAAAGCAUCAGCAGCUGCUGCUGCUGUUGUCAAGGACAUCCAAUCAGAGGCCUCAACUCCUCCAGUGGGUCAAACAGGGAAGAAACGUGCUAGGUGCCAGGUCUGUCCCUACAGAAAUGACUCCAAGAUCAGCAACACUUGUGUGAAAUGCAAGAAAUUUGUCUGCAAGCAGCAUGCAUGCAUUGUCUGCACGUCAUGUCUGGAGUAA